CAAAACACAGACAGACAAGCCUAGACACACACCGAGCGAGAGCGCGCUGGACAGACGGGCGAUGAACGAGCCGCUCAUCGGCCCGGGAAAACAAUAACAACAACCGAGCCAAACUGAGCAGCCGUGCGUGGACACACGGACGGACAUACGGACAGACGGACUGCGGUGGACAAACGUCUCUCUCUGGUGCCUCAGCGCUGUCGCUUCUCCCCCAGUGACAGCAUCACGUCCCCGAGCUACUGUACCUGUCAAAAGAAGCUGUCACGGAGGUCACGCGGACGAUGACCGUCGUCGAUGACCUGACAACGGCCGCAGCCACGGGGAACACCGCGCAUGUGGAGCGUCUCCUGCGGGAAGGAGCCGAGGUUAACGCGGUGAACCGUUUUGGACGAAGCGCCAUACAGGUGAUGAUGAUGGGGAGCACGCCGGUGGCGGAGCUGCUGCUGACGCACGGAGCGGACCCUAACGUCGCGGACACGAGCACCGGCAGGACGCCGCUGCACGACGCGGCCAGCGCGGGCUUCGUGGACACUGUGCGGCUGCUGGUCAAACACCUGGCGGACCCGCAGGUCCGGGACAAGGCAAACUGUCGACCCGCUGAUUUGGCUCGAGAGAGAGGUCACAAAGAGGUGGUCGCUUUCCUGGAGUCUCUCUAAAGUAAACACUCAGAGGAACUGGGCCCGUGGAGGCCUGCGUGCGGCCUAAAUCACGCAGUCCUAGCGCUGCAAAAUGUGUUUUUUUAUUCAUUUAUGUCACUUUAUUUCUGACUAUAUAGGCAUCAUUAUUUUUCCCCCUAACGAAGCCACUCUUCCCUACUGGCAUGGCAUGUAAAUAAGCUUAUAAUACAUCUACAUGCAGUGUACAGCAUUAUGUUAUUUAUCUGUUUUAGUUUCUAAAUAUAUAUCCCUAAACAUCUGUAAAAAAUAAUAAUAUCCAUCCAUCUUGGUCGUAUUUUACAGCAGCCUGUGGUGUUUUCUAAGAAAAGCUGUGGUUAAUAAUGAGAUAAUGAGAGUCUUUUGUUUUUUUUGUUUGUUUGUUUGCAAUUUAGAAUAUUUAAACCAAAUAUACAAAAAGCCAUUGAGGAUGUUUUGCACAUUUUCUUUGCCCUCUUUCCAAAAUCAUGGAUACUAUGCACUUUAAAAAACACAACAAAUGUCACCUCUUAAGAUCUGGCAUAUUUAUUUUGUGUUGCCCCGAUUAAAGUCCUGUGGGAAAAAACUGUGUGUCGUCACAAAGUCUUGUGAUUCGAUGCAGGUUCGAUGCUGAUUCUUCAGCUCAGUUGUGGCUCAUGCUUCCUGAUUUUUAUUCUUUAUACGAGUGAGUGAUGCUGCUUUCAGGCUGACACUGUUUUAAUUAAUACGUUUGAUAUUCUGUCUUUGUUUGUUUUUUUACUGGCACUAUGGUGUAUCCUGCGGUCAUUAGUGUGGCAUGUUUUUGCCCCUUCUUUAGAGAGUAGAAACAAAUUCAUUCUUGUAUUCUUGCCAUUUUUACAUCCACUCUUACUGGACACAGCAGGGAGAAAAGUUGAAUUUAUUUAUUGAGUAACAUUUCCUUGGAUUUGCUUUUGCUCAUCUACUUUUUUUGGGGGGAAUGUUAAAUACAGGAGAAAAAAGGUUUUAGGCUGAUGAUCAUUGUGUAAUAGUGAAGCUCUGGGCUGAUGUUAAACACACCAAUCACAUCAAGGCUGAUGCAAUCUUUCUUUUCUUUUUUUUGAGGGGAUUUUCAAGUCAUGUGGGACUAAAAACACAUAUUAUAAAUCAACGAGUGGACAGUAUUUAACACGUUUGUUGACUUAUCUCAAAGGUACAGAUUAAGUAAUGUAUUCAUAUUUUUUCUCAAGUUAAAUAUUAGCUCAUGGUAGUUUUAUUCCAGUGCACCGAACAUGGGAUUUGGCACGACACAGAAAAGCCUCUGAAGCCUCAGCACUGUUUUAGUUCAACAUCCUGCACUUUUCCAGGCCCGAGUUAACCGUUAUUAAGUUUAGUUCAUCCAUUUUAUGUCAGGCUUGUAUUUAAAAUUGUAUUUAUACAAAUAUAUUACUGGUUAAACUUUUAUUUAUGCUACACAACCAGAAAACGUAAAUGUGAACCAUUAAAACACAAUAAAAACGUCCUUUAUAUUUAUUUUUAACUAUUUAAAAAUAUGCCAGCUCAGAUUCUAUGGACUUUCUAACCUGAACUCUCUGUAGGAUCCACUUGAGCCAAAAGGCAAUUAUUUUCAGAUCCUGUGCAGAAAAACUUAAACACUAUUUUCAUUUUAAUCUCACCCUCUGUCCACACGUGUGUUUGUCAUGGCAAAAAAAACAAAAACAUGUGAUUAUUUAAAGAUAAAUCAAAGAUAUAAAUAUUCCCAGUGGUGCGAGCAGGAUUUAAUCCAUAAUAUAUUUUAAAUAAAAUCUUAAAUUGUA